GCAACACUGAGCGGAGGGAGUUUCCGUGGAAACGGGGCGGCGCCAGCAACUGACUAGCAGCAAGCUUUGUUUCUCACGGGUUUUACGCUGCAAUAAAUGUGAAACAUGAGUUCUGAUGCACAUCAGGUGGAGGGAAGAUUUUCCUCCAACUCUGAACACAACAGAUCACACCAAACAGCGGCUGGAGGUGAAGAUGUGAAAACCCAACAGAAACCAAACAUGACUGAUGUCUAUAAAUCAAAUCUGAGGAAGAAGUUUGAGUGUUUUUGUGAGCGAACAUCAGAUGAGAGAAACCAAACACUGCUGAAUGAGAUCUACACAGAGCUCUACAUCACAGAGAGUGAAAGUGGAGAGAUCAGUAAUGAACAUGAGGUGAGACAGAUUGAGACACAAUCCAGGAGAACAGCAACAGAGGACACACCAAUCAAAUGCAAUGACAUCUUUAAAGCUUUACCUGCACAAGACAAACCCAUCAGAAGUGUGCUGACAAAGGGACUCGCUGGCAUUGGAAAAACAGUCUCUGUGCAGAAGUUCAUUCUGGACUGGGCUGAAGGGAAAGAGAAUCAGGACGUCCACCUCAUAUUUCCACUUCCUUUCAGAGAGAUCAAUCUGAUGAAGAACCAAACACUCAGUCUUUUAGAUCUUCAUCUUUUCUUCCCAGAGACAAAAGAAAUGGAAAUCUCCAGCGGUGAAUAUAAAGUGUUGUUCAUCUUUGAUGGUUUGGAUGAGUGUCGUCUGUCUCUGGAUUUUCACAGCAGUGUGAGGUUGUGUGAUGUCAGUGAAUCAGCCUCAGUGGACGUGAUCCUGACAAACCUCAUGAAGGGGAAUCUGCUUCCCUCUGCUCUCAUCUGGAUCACCUCCAGACCAGCAGCAGCUGAUCUCAUCCCCUCUGAGUGUGUUGAUCGAGUCACAGAGGUACGAGGCUUCACUGACAAACAGAAGGAGGAAUACUUCAGCAAGAGAAUCAGUGAUGAGAGUCUGAACAACAGAAUCAUCUCACACCUGAAGUCAUCCAGGAGCCUCUACAUCAUGUGUCACAUCCCAGUGUUCUGCUGGAUUUCAGCCACUGUUCUAGAGAGAAUGUUGAGUGAAGCAGAGAGUGAAGGAGAGAUCCCCAAGACUCUCACUCAAAUGUACACACACUUCCUGAUCAUUCAGACAAACAUCACACAUCAGAAGGACUAUGAGAAGAAAGUGAAGAAUGAUGAAGACAUGAUCUUCAAACUGGCCAAACUGGCUUUUGAGCAGCUUGUGAAAGGGAACCUGAUCUUCUAUGAUGAGGACCUGAGAGAGUGUGGCAUUGAUGUAGCAGAAGCAUCAGUGUACUCAGGAUUGUGCACUCAGAUCUUCAGAGAGGAGUUUGGCUUGUAUCAGGGGAAAGUUUACAGCUUUCUUCAUCUGACCAUACAAGAACAUCUCGCAGCUCUAUAUGCUCACAUCUCCAUAACAAACAACAACACUGAUGUGUUCAAUACAACUUCCCAACUAACUCUAGGAGAGAAGCUUUCAGUAUCUGUCAUGUUACAGAGAGCUAAAGAAAAGCUUUUAAUAUCUGACCUGUAUCAGAGAGCUGUAGACGAGUCUCUAGGGAGUAAAAAUGGACAUCUGGAUCUUUUUCUUCGUUUUCUUCUGGGUUUGUCUCUGGAGUCUAAUCAGAAUCUUCUACGAGGUUUGAUGACGAUUACAGUAAGAAGCACUUACAGCAAUGAGAAAACAGUUGAGUAUAUCAAAAAGAAUAUCAAGAGCACUCGAUCUCCAGAGAAAUCCAUCAAUCUGUUUCACUGUCUGAAUGAACUGGGAGAUCGUUCAGUUGUAAGGGAAAUUCAACUGCAUCUGAAAUCUGGAGCAUUAAGUCAAACCAAACUCUCUUCAUCUCAGUGGUCAGCUGUAGCUUUUGUGUUGUUGACAUCACAACAGGAGCUGCAUGAGUUUAAACUGAAGACAUUUGUUCAACAAAACAAAUCUGAAAAUCUCAGAGUUCUGAAGAAGCUGCUGCCUGUGAUUUGUGAAUCCAGAUCAGUUCAAUUGAGUUAUUGUAAGAUCACAGAUGAAGGUUGUGUUGCUCUGACUUCAGCUCUGAGAUCAAACCCCUCACACCUGAGAGAACUGAACCUGUCUGAGAAUAAAUUAGGAGAUUCAGGAUUAAAGCUGAUCUGUACUGUACUGGAGAAUCCACACUGUAAACUGGAGAAACUAGGGUUGUGGAUGUGUAGGAUCACAGCUGAAGGUUGUGUUGCUCUGACUUCAGCUCUGAGAUCAAACCCCUCACACCUGAGAGAUCUGGAUCUGUCUGGGAAUGAUGUAGGAGAUUCAGGAGUGAAGCUGAUCUCUACUGUACUGAAGGAUCCUCUCUGUAAACUGGAGACACUGAAGUUGUGGAAGUGUAAGAUCACAGAUGAUGGUUGUGUUGCUCUGACUUCAGCUCUGAGAUCAAACCCCUCACACCUGAGACAUCUGAAUCUGUCUGGGAAUGAUGUAGGAGAUUCAGGACUGAAACUUCUCUUUGAUCUUAAAGAUGAUCCGCGUUAUAAACUAGAGACAGUGUGGCCUGACAGAUGAGUGAGGUGUGUGAUUAAAGGUGUCUGUGUGACACACAAUCAACACAGAUGGAAGACACAAUAACACUUCAUACUGAUAACACUGAUAAUCCACACAUUUCGUUUAAUAAUCCUGUGAUACUGUAGUCUUGGGUCUGAAGUGUAUCUACGACAGUAUAAUCUAGAAUAAAGCAUAUAUAGUGUGUGAUUAUACUGAGACAUGAGCAGACAUGUACAGUAUAUUAUGUGGGUGACUCACUUUAAUCAACAAAUAAAUGAAUCUGUCAUGACAUGACAUUGUGUGGUGGAAGAAAUAAUCAUUAAAGUUAUGGCCUUGUUUUGA